AUGCUCACGUCCCGAGUCUUCGCGAUCCUUGCGCAAUGCCUAAUACCAUGCUGGUGCUACCGCAGCUUCAGCAACAGAUCCGAGCUCAAAGCUGCAGUUCGUCACUGGGACACAGCCAGGACUGCUACCAGAGCAGAGCUUGAAUCAACUUACGGAAGCAUAGCGCGCUGGGACGUGUCGGGUGUGACCGACAUGAGUGGCCUAUUUGCCAACAUGAGCGGCUUCAACCAGGACAUCCGGCUGUGGAACACAUCAGCCGUGGUAAACAUGAGCGGCAUGUUUUCUGGUGCUACGGCCUUCAACAAGCCCAUUGGCACGUGGACUACAUCUGCGGUGACAGAUAUGUCCUACAUGUUUUCAGGUGCCGCAUCCUUCAACCAAGCCAUCGGUACGUGGGAUACGUCAUCGGUCACAGACAUGAGCUACAUGUUUGCCUGGGCUUAUGCGUUUGACCAGAACAUUGGUUCAUGGGAUCUGUCUGCAGUGGGUGAUACAUCCUCCAUGUUUUACAGUGCUAAAGCUUUCAACCAGGCAAUUGGCGCAUGGGAUACAUCAGCCGUGGCAAAUAUGAAGUACAUGUUUGGUGAAGCAGAGGCUUUCAAUCAGGCCAUCGAUUCGUGGGAUACAUCCGCAUCGACUGAUAUGUCUUUCAUGUUUUUCCACGCGCUUGUCUUCAAUCAGCCCAUUGGCACGUGGACUACAUCUGCGGUGACAGAUAUGUCCUACAUGUUUUCAGGUGCCGCAUCCUUCAACCAAGCCAUCGGUACGUGGGAUACGUCAUCGGUCACAGACAUGAGCUACAUGUUUGCCUGGGCUUAUGCGUUUGACCAGAACAUUGGUUCAUGGGAUCUGUCUGCAGUGGGUGAUACAUCCUCCAUGUUUUACAGUGCUAAAGCUUUCAACCAGGCAAUUGGCGCAUGGGAUACAUCAGCCGUGGCAAAUAUGAAGUACAUGUUUGGUGAAGCAGAAGCUUUCAAUCAGGCCAUCGAUUCGUGGGAUACAUCCGCAUCGGCUGAUAUGUCUUUCAUGUUCUUCCGCGCCCUCGUCUUCAAUCAGCCCAUUGGCACGUGGACUACAACUGCGGUGACAGAUAUGUCCUGCAUGUUCUAUGGUGCCACAGCCUUCAACCAAGCCAUCGGCACGUGGGAUACGUCAUCGGUCACAAACAUGAGCUACAUGUUUGCUUGGGCUGAUGCCUUUGACCAGAACAUUGGUUUAUGGGAUACUUCCGCUGUCAAGAACAUGUCCUCCAUGUUUACUAGUGCUCCAUCGUUCAGUCAGGCAAUCGGCGCAUGGGACACGUCAGCGGUCACAGACAUGAGUAAGAUGUUCGAAUUCGCGAGCAGGUUUAACAACGCCAUUGGCUUGUGGGACACGUCAAGUGUGACUGACAUGAGUUCCAUGUUUUCAAACGCCGGGGCCUUCAAUCAGCCCAUCGACUCGUGGGAUACGUCUGCAGUGACUACUAUGUCCAGGAUGUUUAACUACGCAUCAGCCUUCAAUCAGGCAAUUGGCUCAUGGAACACGUCGUCCGUAAGAACCAUGAGGUCUAUGUUUUUUCAGGCAAGCCAGUUCAAUCAAGCCAUUGGCUCAUGGGAUACGUCAUCUGUGACAGAUAUGAGCCUCAUGUUCUACGGCUCUGCCGCAUUCAACCAAGAAAUCGGCUCGUGGAAUACCUCCGGUGUGGUUGACAUGUCCUCCAUGUUUUACCUUGCUACUGCCUUCAACCAGCCAAUCGGAUCAUGGGACACAUCAUCGGUGAUAAGCAUGAACUCAAUGUUUUUCCAAGCAACCGCCUUCAAUCAGGCCAUCGGUUCUUGGGACACGUCAUCUGUGGUGGACAUGGCCUUGUUGUUUUGCUCCGCCUUGGCUUUCAACCAGGCCAUAGGAGAGUGGGAUACGUCAGCAGUUUCGACGAUGAGCGGCAUGUUCAAUACCAUAUAUGGUAGCGGGUCAAGAUUCAAUCAAGAUAUUGGCUCAUGGGACACGUCUGCUGUGACUGACAUGUCCGUCAUGUUCCAACGUGCCAAAGACUUCAACCAGGCAAUCGGGUCCUGGGAGACUUCGGCCGUCGCGAACAUGCAACAUAUGUUCGAUGGCGCAGCGGCCUUCAACCAACCCCUUGCCUCGUGGGAUACAUCCUCUGUCACAGAUAUGACGGGAAUGUUUGUGAAUGCCAAAGCUUUCAACCAGAGCCUCGAGUCAUGGAACACCUCGAAAGCAACCUGGUUGGGAGAUAUGUUCACUGGGGCUGACCGUUUUAAUGCCCCACCUUGUCUGGGAGGCACCUUCCCUGCCAGCAACAAGCUGGGCUGCACUGCUUGCCCGACCGGAUUUGCAGAGGCUGGCGCAUCGCACUGCGAGUUCUGCAGCCCAUCCUGGGUGCCUUCGGAAAACCGGAGCAUCUGUGUGCCAUGCCCUCCUUUCCAUUACACCCACGAAGGCUCGGACAUAUGUCUUGCAUGUGGCUUCCCUCGCGUACUUUUCGAGGAUGAAUGUAUUUGGUGGCACUUGCCGCUCAUAGCUCUCGGUGCCGCUGGCUUCCUGGUGCUUCUGAAGCUGAUGGCCGUGCGCAGGCAAUCGAGCAGGGCGGCCAAAGUGGAGCAACUCUUCGGCGAGCUCUACAUCGACUUGUGGGACGAAGAGCUAAGCACCGUCAGCCGUUAUGUUGGGAUGCUCAAAACCCUUGGCGUCGAUGCGCUCGUGGCAGAGGGCCGAGCAGCCCAGAUGCGCGCUUUGCAAAGCAACAUUGCCGGCGUCAGCAUGGGCUACCUCCUCUCGAACGAGUUUGCUGACCUGGCGAGGAAGCGCACUGGAAUGGAAGACCCAACAUUUAUCGACAUGAAAACAGCCUUUUGGUUGGCUGCGGAUCCGAUCGGUGAGAGUAUGUGCUGCCCCCGCGAUGGUCGUCCAGGCUGUGCUUUGGUGGACUGGAUCCCUCGCUAUGCUCGCCGCGAGCAGACCCACUUCAUGUCUUGGACGGCCUCGAAAAUCAUGUCGACACUCUACUCUAAGGGGAUGCAUGAUAAGACGUGGCGGUACAGCCUCACGCAGAUCAGCAGUGCUUUGGACAUGUACCGAGCCAGCUCUCCCACAGAUUGCCGGGACAGCGUAUUCUUCUUCAUGUGCUUUUUUGUGAAUAAUCAAUACAGGAUUAUCGUGGAGGAGACAGCUGCUGGCAGCGACAAUCUGGAAGAGGUAUUUGAGUCCAACCUGACUCGCGUAGGGCAGAUGGUGGCUAUUUUGGACUCAUGGCAACAGCCCGUCUAUUUGUCUAGAAUUUGGACAGUGUACGAGCAGUUUGUAGCUUCCAAGAUACAUAUCCCUGUCACCUUUACGAUGCCGGCAGCUGCUACAGAACAUUUGUACCAGCAGGUUCACUUGGGCAAGACCGGUAUCGAGGAGAUCACAAGGUCUCUCGGCCGGGUGGAUUCGCAACAAGCCAAAGCUUGGAAACCAGAAGACGAACUCAAAGUGAAGACGUUGAUUCAGACAACGGUGGGCUUUGAGCAUGUCAACAAGCACGUGACAGACGUGAUGCUGCGAUGGUUCGGCGAGGUCAUGAAGAAUCAUCUGCAAGGACUCAUCGACACAGCCAAGACCAAAAAGGCUGCCAAACAAGGUGCUGCCUUUGGGCCGCGUGUCCAGAAACUGUAG